CAUUCGGGUGCCUCCUCGGCCGACUGCGGCGAACUCACGACUCGCGAGACGAGGGUUUCUGGUCCCCCGUCCUCCGGUUGCGCUCAUGGCGCCGCCUACUCCCUGAUAUCGCCCCAAGAAACCCUAGCGGAAUCUCCUCUGCUUUCAGUCUAGCACUCUGAAUACCUAUUGAAACUUGAAUUGCCAAACUAGCAAAGCUGCAUUUCCAAUGGACGACAUCCCGGAGUCCCUGCUUGCAGAGAUUGUCAAGCGGCUUACCAGCCCAUGUGAUCUUAAAUCUCUUUCUCUUGUGUCAAAGAGGCUCUAUGCUGUUGAGGGAGAGCUAAGAGAUGCUAUUUACAUUGGCUGCAGCGUUAGCCCUGUGACAGUGGCCUUGGUAUCACUGUGCUCCCGUUUCCCCAAUUUGUGCAAAGUGGAAUUCAAUUACUCUGGUUGGACUCACAACCAUGGGAUGCAGUUGAACAACCAUGGCCUCCAGGUGUUUUCAUCUUGCUGCCCCUCACUGACUGAUCUCACGUUAAGCUUCUGCUCAUACAUUGAUGACUCAGGCCUUGGUUUUUUAGCAUCCUUCAAGAAGCUGAUGUCUGUCAGGUUGAACACACUACCAGCAAUAACUUCAUUCGGGCUUCUCUCGGUGGCUGUUGGAUGCAAGAAUCUAUCUGCUCUCCACCUUAUUGCCUGCAAAAAAGUUGGUACUGUGGAGUGGCUGGAGUACCUUGGCAAGGUUGGAUCAUUGGAAGAACUUGUAGUGAAGCACUGUCAGAUGAUCAGCCAGUUUGACCUACUAAAGUUUGGUUCAGGAUGGAUGACGCUCUGGAAGUUUGAGUUUCAGGUCAAAGGUUUGCUCAACGUAUUUGAUCCUCGUGAUCCUUCAUGCAUGGCACACUAUCAGUAUAGAUAUGAUUUCAGCUGUGGUAGUUUGGAGGAUUUGACUUUGGCACGGGUCACAACUGAGAAGGAAAUAGGACUUCGUUGUCUCCUGAGGAAGUGCAAAGCAUUAAAGAACUUGAGCCUUCAUUAUGUUCUUGGUCUACAUGACAAUGACAUAAUUACACUCUCGCAGAACUGCAACAACCUUACUAGCAUCUCACUUCGGCUGACACCUCAGUUCAAUGAAGGUAGUGUUUUCAGGACAUCAUUGACUGAUGACAGCCUUAAGGCUCUAGCCCUCAGGUGCCGUAUGCUUCAGUCUUUUGAGCUUAUAUUUUGGGCAUGUGAUCGCCACUGGCCAGAAAUAGGAUUCACACAGGAGGGCCUUGUGAUGCUCAUUCAGUCUUGUCCAAUUCGUGAUCUUGUGCUUAGUGGUGCUCACAUCUUUGAUGACGAGGGAAUGAAGGCAGUCUCAUCUGCACAAUUCCUAGAAUCACUCGAACUUAUGCAUUGUGUGGGAGUAACUGAUGCGGGGAUGCGCCUUCUCUCCUGUUGCCCAUGUUUGAUUAACCUCACAUUGAGGCAGUGUGAUGGUUUCACUGAUUCUGGAGUGACUGAGGUGGCACUUGCACGGAAUCUGGAAUCCCUGGUUAUUGAAGGCUGCUCUCGGGUUUCUCAAAACGCAGUGCAGGGGGCUGCAAAAUCAGUUCACUACAAAGAGGAUUACCCAGGCUUGUUCAAUCUAGGCAGGGUGUGAGUAUGUGACCAUCUGGAAGGAUGAAGCGCACCUCAAUAUAUUAAGUUCUACCUUGGCCCCUUGAGGAUUGCUCACCGUUCACGGCUGGAUUUUUAAAUUUUACAUAUUUCUUUGUCUACCUUUUUACUGCGAUGUGUGGGUCGAGAUUGUCAGUGUGUAACUGUGAAAUUUGGAUGUUUGGGAGGCAUCUGAUUUACUUCUGCUUAUAGCGCAUUUUUUGGGUUCUCUUUACCAUUCCUCAUUUCAGGUUAGUAGGUCAUCAAAAUCUUGCCUCUUCCAGGUGAGUAGUAUCGCUUUCUUGAUGGAAUUAAUUUGGGAGCCAUUUGCAGUUUUCUCAACGAAUAUUUAGUAGGGUCAACUUUGGAAUAUGUACUGUGCAUGCAAAAAGUAUCGGCUCUCAAAAUUAAGUGACAUUUAUCAUGGU